ACGAGAUAACAGGAAUCUGCCGCUCCGCGCGCGCUCUCACAGAUCCGAGCUGACGCCUCCUCUGACGCUUCUUCUGAUGGAGCAAAUGCACUCGGCUCAGCUCGGUGCAAAAGGGAAACAAUGCGACCAGUAUGCAAACACCACGGAUCGUACUGGAAACUUGCCACAGCACCAGAGAACACACACAGGGGAGAUGCCCUUCAAGUGCAGUGUGUGUGAGAAGGCAUUUUCAGAUUCAUCUACUCUUAAACAACACCAGAGAACACACACAGGAGAGAAACCAUUCAAGUGCAGUGUGUGUAAGAAGGCAUUUGCACAGUUAUCAAAUCUUAAACAACACGAUAGAACACACACAGGAGAUAAACCUUUCAAGUGCACUGUGUGUGAGAAGGCAUUUGCACAGUCAUCAUAUCUUAAAAUACACCAGAGAACACACACAGGAGAAAAACCCUUCAAGUGCAAUGUGUGCGAGAAGGCAUUUGCAGAGUCAUCAAAUCUUAAAAUACACCAGAGAAUACACACAGGAGAUAAACCCUUCAAGUGCACUCUGUGCGGGAAGGCGUUUUCACAGUCACAACAUCUUCAUGCACACCGGAGAACACACAGGCAUCAGAAGAUCCCCAAGGAGUGUAGUCUGAGAUCGACUUGUGAAAGUCAAAUUACUGCAAUGAGCCCAUCCCUCCUGAAAAAAGAACCAGAUGUAAAUUCCACCUUGGACACUAUGAAAUGUAUCAAGGUGAAAUGGGAAGAGGCGAAGGUGAAAUGUGAAGAGGUGACAGUGAAGAGCGAAGAAAUGAAGGUGAAAUGUCAAGAUGAAGAUUCAACUCCAAAAUCGGACCUUCACAUCGAUGGAGGCAACGUGGAGCAGGAGGAGAAUUCUUACUGUGAGGCAGUGCGAGGCAACUCCCAGCAGUUUGUGGAAGUGGAGGUGUGGGUGGACUUCUUAGACAAUGAAAAGUCAAAUGGAGACCCGGUAGAUGUGUAAUCUUGAGACAAUGAUGCUCCAAUAGAUUAACCUUUGUCACAGGCCUUUAAUGAAAAUAAUGUGAAGUUGAACACUCAAUUUUUAGGUUCAUCCUGCAGAGUAAGAGCGGCCAGUAUUUGCAGACCUGUGGGUUGGGUAGAUCUCUAACCAGGUGCGAGAGCCAAUAAGCUCCCAAUCAUUCACUAUGUUAUAAUAUUAUAAUUUAUAUGGUGCUUGCUUAAUCGCCUCAGCAACUCGGCGUUUUGUAUCAUAUUUCAUCACAAACAUUCGAGCAUUUGGUAUAUAUUCCUUUUCCCAAAAAAUGUAUUACGAGUGAUUCUGCCAAAUUUUGUAUUAUUAAUUUUGAUCGGGAUGUAGCGCUGGGUCACGGAAAGGGUGAGUCCCCCUCCUGCCUCCUACCUUGCCACACAAAAGACAGCUGGAGGAUCAUUACUCACAAGCCUGCUUGUAAAGUCAUAAAAUGGAAUAAAAAACAGCAAACCCAAGGGGGGGCUAAUGAGAUUAUGCGGGAAAUUCCCAGUUGACUUCAAGAGAUGAGGCCGCCAUAAAGGAAACAAGCCAUAAAUUAAACAAUCCACACGGAAACAGCAGGGGUCAUGAACAUCCCCGGACAGAAAAUCCACCCAGGGGCAGUUAAUAAUUAUGAGCUGACUGUGGUUUUUAAAAUACAACAGUAAAGUUGGAAGCUUAGCUAUAUCUUUAACGUCAGGAUAUCAAAAUGUAACUUGAGAAUAAGAAGCAUGGAUCCAUGGCGAUGCAGACGGGGAACAAAGGUUAAUAAAACCCUUGGAAUAUCCUUGGUAACAAAUAUGGUAUACCACAAAUCUUGGUUAAGCAUGAACCAAAUAAUAAUUAUUAAAUUAUUAGACCUAGGGUCAUUCAGAAGAGAUACAAUGCGAAAUAUGUUAAUCACACACGACCAAGAUAAUAUGUUUUCCACGGGAUCAGAGCCUCACCAACCACCCAUUGUCUUCCAGUAGCUAACACAGCACAUGGUAGCAGUAAAUGAUGUAUGCAGGGGGCAUAUAUAAUUUACUGCUAACAUAUCAAAUACCAUGCAAGAAUUCCAAACCGCGACGUGAGUGCUGUGAACGCUGCUCAAAAUGUACUUUGAGUCGCUUACAGAGUCAAAACUGUGGAAAGUGGUACGGUACCAAGCUAUAAGAGGUGUAAAACAAAAUAAAAAUUGUAACUUCCAACCCACGAUGAGAGGAUGUAAAACAUGGCGACAGCAAGCACACCCAUACACAAUAGGUUACGACUUCAAAGGCCACAGCUCUCCUUUUUGUUAGAGGCUGCAAGUUGGAGGAAAAAACAAUGUAACACAAGAACACAAAUCAGUACUGCUCAAAUAAUCGCCCAACUGCGACUGGAGAAGUCCAAAACAAGCACAUCACCAAUGAAUGCUCCAUCCAUGCACAUCCUGGCAGUAUCCUUGAAAUCCAACCACAUCAUUGGACAGGAUGAGGAACCUUUGGAUUAAUUUAUGACGAUCAUUAAGAAAAAAUUGAAACUGUUGCUUUUCACAAUACCAUACGAAAGACGAAGUAUUGCGAGUGGCAGCCUCCGGGGAUUGCUUUCGUGACUGGAAAAUUGAUAGGGAGCUCUGCAUCGGCACAAGCAAUGCUUCAUGGAGAGUUUUUUUUGCGUCAUUGAGAGAGGCUGCCAGCCAAGACUGGUACUCGCAGUAUUAGAAUACAAACGUGGGGAAGAGUGCUGUAGCAUUACUAUUCCCGGUGGCGAGGUCGCUGUGUACAGCCAACACAUAUGAUCAUAGCGACAAUCAUUCCGAUUGUGCUCCGAUCAAAGUCAACCCUUCAGGGGAAAACUGGUGCAACCACUAUUCAUGACAGUUCCCCUUUAAAUCGCAACCCACAGGCGAAGUUUAGAUGAGGGUCAGAUCAGAGACUGACACGGAAUGAUAUAACUUGAUCUGCAGCGUGUCCUUUGAGCAGCAUGAGUCGUACAGACAACUGGAAGAGGACUCUCUUGAAGAGGGGGGGGGGGGGGAGAUGACAGGCGCUGUCUCUCUAAGUCGCUUCACAGUCUACAAGGAUCAACAGUGUCUGGUGUCAAGGGGUGUGAUGCGUGGUAACCAGCGGACGAGCUGCGAGCGGUGUCUUGAAUCGGGAUAAUCGCACACAUCGACGCAGACGGAGCCGAACCCAUCAUCCCUGCCAGCACGGGCAUCACCGACAGCGUGGCCAGCAUGCCGACUCGGCAACCACCCCAGCGGUGGAGAAAGACUGACAAAGCAGCCGAGAGCGCCGUGUGUUCGACACACACGCCGACCCCGCGCCCCUGCUGGAGACCUGAGGUGUUUUCGAUACAAGGAACACUACCUUGAAAGCCGUUAACUCAACAGUUAGCAAGAAGACAACACACACCCACCCACAACGCGCAUAUUGGUACUAAUAAGAUUUUUCCAAAAAGUUAUCUUUGUAUUUUGAAAAGGGUUGCCAUGCCAAGGUGGUGCGUUAACUAUUAGCUGGUCGUGAAAAGCAUUGUUCUGUCCUUUGAGUUACAUUAAUACGGUUGUUUAGAAGUAUUUUGGUCAUUCGUUUUCUUUAAUUACAUAAACUUACCAAUGAAUUCAUUAAUGAAACACUAAACAUGUAUAAGCAUCUAUGUUACGAAUCUACACACUCGCAGGAAUACUAUUGUGUUGAGAUUUUUAUUUUGAUCAGAAUCUUGCCCGCGAAUUCAUUGAUGUUCCAUUAGCCAAUUGAUAAGCAUAUGUUAGCCAAACAGGCACACUUGCACGCACACUUGUUUCAGGACAUUUCGUUAAUUGCAUAAUCUUACCAAUGAAUUCAUUGAUGUCUACUUUUGCCAUUGGGCACGUUUCUUUAGCAUGUUUCGUAUUAAUAUUGUAAUAUCUUUUUAAAGACUUUUCCUAUCGCCGUGUAUGGUCGCACUACUCUGAGGAGUUAGCCGAUUGUUCUGUUACUCAGUUUUAACAAACGUAAUCAUUGAGGGUUGAUUGUACGGAUCAAUGAGUAGGACAUCUUCAGGAGUACAUUGUUGACAAUUCCGAUCAUAAGUGUGUUCGCAUAUUAGAGUGUUUUUAGAAUUUAAAGUAGCUUAACAUAUAAGAGUCUUGAGUCCAUGCAUAAUCUUAAUUAUAGGAACUGUAUCCUGCAGUGAGAUCUGAAUUCUGAGACCCGACAGAAUUACAUUAAAACAUAAUCGGUAAAAGUUAAUGCGAGAAUCGUUGUAUUGAUUUUAAGUUUUCGUGACUGCAGGGAUCCAUACUCUUUGGUUCUUUCGGUAAAGUCACGUAUAUAUAAAACAAAAGUAAUUAAAUCACGACU